CAGGGUCAGAAUAAGAAUGCAGUAGAUCAGUGGUUCAGUGGAUGAUGUAAAUAGGGUAUGGCUCUUUCCCGCGACAUCCAACGAGCUUCGAUCGUUUGAAUUGUAGCAGCUUUUUUUUGCCCAUCGGUUGGCACAGUUUGCCUGAUGCCUUGCCUACCUACCUACCUACCACCUUCCAUACUUUGGUUUUUGGUUGCAAAACUUGCACUUUCCACAAUUGGAAAGGGUUAGGAACAUCAGCCCCAAACUACAAUCCCUUCGUCUUGAAAACUUCUCGGCUUUUUUCACUCAUUCUCUCUUUUUCCCCUUCGCCGCUGCAAGAUAUCAUGGGUGGUUCAGCCUUCUCGUCCGGGGAGAACCCGCUCUUCACACCUCGCAUGGCCCCAACCGUGUACCGUGAAGUUCGGGAUCGGUGCCAAGCCAUCCUCAGAGAGAUUUUCCUCUGCGUCGCCUCGCCCAUCGAGGGCCCCGCAAAGGAGGACUAUGGCGACGUCGACAUCCUCGUGUCGCUGCAGAAGCACCUCAUCUUCCCGACGACCCCCGCCGACCGGGUCGAAUGCGAAGGGCGAGACAUUCUGGCCGUGGUUCAGAAAAUGCUCGGCGCGGAGCACAUGAUUAUCGAGCGCGGAGGGAACGCGGCCAAUCUGGCAAUCCCGUGGCCGGCGGACCUCAUCACAACCACCGACAACCCCGAGGCGACCAGGACCAACGCCACGCUCAACACCGACCAGGACCAGGAACAGCAAGAGUCACAGGUUCAAGCCGACCAGCAGAAUAAGAAGCGGCACAUCCAGGUCGACGUGCAGAUCUGCGCCUCCCCAAGCCAGCUGCAGUGGGAGCUCUUCAAGCACGCGCACGGUGACCUCUGGAACCUGGUCGGCAGUACCAUCCGGCCCCUGGGCCUGACGGUCGAUGAGGAGGCCCUCUGGAUCCGCAUACCUGAGAUCGAGGCAUUCCACCGGAGCCGGUCCAAGGUGCGCCUGACGGACGACCCGGCCGCCGUCCUGAGCUUCCUGGGCCUGAGGGCUGACGGAUCGUUCUGGGAGGCCCCAUUUGGUAGUUUGACCGAGUUGUUUGAGUACAUCGCCAGCUGUCGGUGGUUCUGGGUUGCCCCUGAGAAGGCUGGGGUUGAGGAAGAUGGCUCGGGCUGUAAGUGAUCUUUUUUCCUUGUUCUCGUUUUUCCUUUGCUUCACUUUAGGGCUUCCUUUUGGUGUUUGGAAGACACAAGCAUAGGGAUAGUGAGAGUCCUCGGCUAUGCCUGGCCAAAUCGUAAUGCUCCUGUGUCAGAAAGAAACCAUGAGAAUAAUUCGAGCUAAGCAAGACACUUUCGCUGACACACCACCCCCUGAAAUAGCCACAGGAGCCGACAGCACCGUGGACAAGAAGAAGUACAAAGCCAACGACCGCCGACGCAUGAAGUUCCGC